AUGGCAUCCGGCUCCUUCUACGUCACGACGAGCCAGCAGCGCUCCCUGCGCGCAUGCAUGGUCUGCUCCAUCGUCCAACUACACAAUAAAUUCAUGAACGAAGGCUGUCCCAACUGCGAAUCCGUGCUGAACCUCCGCGGCAACACCGAAGCGAUACAAGACUGUACCUCGCAGGUCUUUGAGGGGCUGGUUGCGCUGGCCGACGAGCGUACGUCGUGGGUCGCUCGCUGGCAGAGACUGGAUGGAUAUGUGCCUGGAACUUAUGCUGUGAAGGUCGUGGGAUCUCUACCGCCAGAAGUGCUGGGUGAUCUGGAAGAGUCGGGGAUAACGUAUAUUCCGAGGGAUGGAAGCGCUGCCGAUAACGAUGGUUGA